UUCAGGUUCAGACAAGUAGAGAACUGCUGGAGAAAGUCAUGAACAUUAUUGCCUCAAAACAACAAGAACAAGAACUCAAAGACAUCAACAUAAAAAGACAAGAAGAAGAACUGCAAACCAGGAAGAACAACGUACUAGCAGAAAGAGAAGAAGUGGAACUUUUGAGGAAGGAUCUCAAUGAGAAGAAGGAAGAAGUUGAAGCUGCCAUGAACAGCAUCAGUGGAGAGAGAGAACAACUCAGUCAGAUGAAAGUUCGUAUUGACAUGGACAGAGAAAUACUUGAGAAGGAGAAGGAUAAAAUGGAAGGACACCAGUCUGAGCUGAAAACGAGAGAAGAUGAGCUCAUGAGUAACUUAUUAACAAUUGAAACUUUGAGGGCUAAGCUCAAAGAGGUGAAUGAAAAGACAUGUAAAGACAAGAAAAACAAAAUAGAGAGAUUAGAAGAAAACAAUGAAAAUUUGCAAAGGUUAUGCCUCACAAUGAAGCAAAAUCUUGCACAGCUUGAUCAAGAGAGAGACCAGAUGACAGUUUACAAUGAAUUGAUACAGAGAGGAAAGGAUGGUCUGAAAGGUUUAUUGUCAGAUAUGGUUAUACAGAAAGACAAUAUGGAAAACCAAAAGAGAGAAGUUUUGUUGGAAAAAGAAGAUCUCUCCAAACUGAAGGCAGAGCAGAAACUAGAGAGAGAGGAUCUGGAUAGAGCUAAUGACAUGAUGGAGAAAGAGAAACUGGACUUGGAGCGGAUGAGAUCUGACAUCCUCAAACAAACUGACAUAUUACAACGAGAUAAACAAGAUAUAAAAGAAGAGAAAGACAAGUUGGAAAUCACAAGUACUGACCUGCAAAAGAAGAAAGAACAUGCAGACAGUCUGUUUGAUGAGAUAAACAGAGAGAAAACCAACAUUAAAGAUCUGACCCUUCAGGUUCAGACAAGUAGAGAACAGCUGGAGAAAGUCAUGAACAUUAUUGCCUUAAAACAAAAAGAACAAGAACUCAAAGAUGAUGACAUAAAAAGACAAGAAGAAGAACUGCAAACCGGUAAGAACAAUGUACUGGCAGAAAGGGAAGAAGUAGAAGUUUUGAGGAAGGAUCUCAACAAGAAGAAGGAAGAAGUUGAAGCUGCCAUGAACAGCAUCAGUGGAGAGAGAGAACAACUCAGUCAGAUGAAGAUGGGCAUUGAGAGAGAGAAAGAAAUACUUUUCAAUGAGAGAGUAGGAAUUGAAGGAGAAAAGUCUGAGCUGAAAAUGAAAGAAGAUCAACUCAUUACUAAAAUGAAAUCAGUAGAAACUUUGAGAGCCAAACUCAAACAUCUCAAUGAAAGGAUGGGUGAAGAUAUGAAAACAAAAGUCAACAGACUAGAACAAAACAAUGAAGCUGUAAUGAAACUGGGCAGUGCUUUAGAACAGAAGCAUGCAGCUCUGGAUGAACAGAAAGAAAAUAUGACAUGUUACACUGAGAUAUUAGACAAAGUAAAGGAAGGUCUGACAAGUUUACUCUCAACCAUGAUCAUCCAAAAAGAAGAUAUGGAAAAUCAGUUGAAGGAAACGUUUGAGAUGGAAAAGCAAGAUCUUGAAAACCUGAAGGAUGAUUUGAAACUAGAGAGAGAGGAUCUGGAUACAGCGAAGGACAUGAUGAAGAAAGAGAAACUGGACUUGGAGCUGAUGAGAUCUGACAUCCUCAAACAAACUGACAUAGUACAACGAGAUAAACAAGAUAUAAAAGAAGAGAAAGACAAGUUGGAAAUCACAAGUACUGACCUGCAAAAGAAGAAAGAACAUGCAGACAGUCUGUUUGAUGAGAUAAACAGAGAGAAAACCAACAUUAAAGAUCUGACCCUUCAGGUUCAGACAAGUAGAGAACAGCUGGAGAAAGUCAUGAACAUUAUUGCCUUAAAACAAAAAGAACAAGAACUCAAAGAUGAUGACAUAAAAAGACAAGAAGAAGAACUGCAAACCGGUAAGAACAAUGUACUGGCAGAAAGGGAAGAAGUAGAAGUUUUGAGGAAGGAUCUCAACAAGAAGAAGGAAGAAGUUGAAGCUGCCAUGAACAGCAUCAGUGGAGAGAGAGAACAACUCAAUCAGAUGAAGAUGGGCAUUGAGAGAGAGAAAGAAAUACUUUUCAAUGAGAGAGUAGGAAUUGAAGGAGAAAAGUCUGAGCUGAAAAUGAAAGAAGAUCAACUCAUUACUAAAAUGAAAUCAGUAGAAACUUUGAGAGCCAAACUCAAACAUCUCAAUGAAAGGAUGGGUGAAGAUAUGAAAACAAAAGUCAACAGACUAGAACAAAACAAUGAAGCUGUAAUGAAACUGGGCAGUGCUUUAGAACAGAAGCAUGCAGCUCUGGAUGAACAGAAAGAAAAUAUGACAUGUUACACUGAGAUAUUAGACAAAGUAAAGGAAGGUCUGACAAGUUUACUCUCAACCAUGAUCAUCCAAAAAGAAGAUAUGGAAAAUCAGUUGAAGGAAACGUUUGAGAUGGAAAAAGAAGAUCUUGAAAACCUGAAGGAUGAUUUGAAACUAGAGAGAGAGGAUCUGGAUACAGCGAAGGACAUGAUGAAGAAAGAGAAACUGGACUUGGAGCUGAUGAGAUCUGACAUCCUCAAACAAACUGACAUAGUACAACGAGAUAAACAAGAUAUAAAAGAAGAGAAAGACAAGUUGGAAAUCACAAAUACUGAGCUGCAAAAGAAGAAAGAACAUGCAGACAGUCUGUUUGAUGAGAUAAACAGAGAGAAAACCAACAUUAAAGAUCUGACCCUCCAGGUUCAGACAAGUAGAGAACAGCUGGAGAAAGUCAUGAACAUUAUUGUCUCAAAACAAAAAGAACAAGAACUCAAAGAUGAUGACAUAAAAAGACAAGAAGAAGAACUGCAAACCAGUCAGCACAAUGUACUAGCAGAAAGAGAAGAAGUGGAAAUUUUGAGGAAGGAUCUCAACAAGAAGAAGGAAGAAGUUGAAGCUGCCAUGAACAGCAUCAGUGAAGAGAGAGAACAACUUAGUCAGAUGAAAGUUCGUAUUGACAUGGACAGAGAAAUACUUGAGAAGGAGAAGGAUAAAAUGGAAGGACUCCAGUCUGAGCUGAAAACAAGAGAAGAUGAGCUCAUGAGUAACUUAUUAUCAAUUGCAACUUUGCGGGCUAAGCUCAAAGAGGUGAAUGAAAAGACACGUAAAGACAUGAAAAACAAAAUAGAGAGAUUAGAAGAAAACAAUGAAAAUUUGCAAAGGUUAUGCCUCACAAUGAAGCAAAAUCUUGCACAGCUUGAUCAAGAGAGAGACCAGAUGACAGUUUACAAUGAAUUGAUACAGAGAGGAAAGGAUGGUCUGAAAGGUUUAUUGUCAGAUAUGGUUAUACAGAAAGACAAUAUGGAAAACCAAAAGAGAGAAGUUUUGUUGGAAAAAGAAGAUCUCUCCAAACUGAAGGCAGAGCAGAAACUAGAGAGAGAGGAUCUGGAUAGAGCUAAUGACAUGAUGGAGAAAGAGAAACUGGACUUGGAGCUGAUGAGAUCUGACAUUCUCAAACAAACUGACAUAUUACAACGAGAUAAACAAGAUAUAAAAGAAGAGAAAGACAAGUUGGACAUCACAAACACCGACCUGCAAAAGAAGAAAGAACAUGCAGACAGUCUGUUUGAUGAGAUAAACAGAGAGAAAACCAACAUUAAAGAUCUGACCCUUCAGGUUCAGACAAGCAGAGAACAGCUGGAAAAAGUCAUGAACAUUAUUGCCUUAAAACAAAAAGAACAAGAAGUCAAAGAUGAUGACAUAAAAAGACAAGAAGAAGAACUGCAAACCGGUAAGAACAAUGUACUGGCAGAAAGGGUAGAAGUAGAAGUUUUGAGGAAGGAUCUCAACAAGAAGAAGGAAGAAGUUGAAGCUGCCAUGAACAGCAUCAGUGGAGAGAGAGAACAACUCAAUCAGAUGAAGAUGGGCAUUGAGAGAGAGACAGAAAUACUUUCCAAUGAGAAAGAAGGAAUUGAAGGAGAAAAGUCUGAGCUGAAAAUGAAAGAAGAUCAACUCAUGACUAAAAUGACAUCAGUAGAAACUUUGAGAGCCAAACUCAAACAUCUCAAUGAAAGGAUGGGUGAAGAUAUGAAAACAAAAGUCAACAGACUAGAAGAAAACAAUGAAGCUGUAUUGAAACUGGUCAGUGCUUUAGAACAAAAGCAUGCAGCUCUGGAUGAACAGAAAGAAAAUAUGACAUGUUACACUGAGAUAUUAGACAAAGUAAAGGAAGGUCUGACAAGUUUACUCUCAACCAUGAUCAUCCAAAAAGAAGAUAUGGAAAAUCAGUUGAAGGAAACGUUUGAGAUGGAAAAACAAGAUCUUGAAAACCUGAAGGAUGAUUUGAAACUAGAGAGAGAGGAUCUGGAUACAACGAAGGACAUGAUGAAGAAAGAGAAACUGGACUUGGAGCUGAUGAGAUCUGACAUCCUCAAACAAACUGACAUAGUACAACGAGAUAAACAAGAUAUAAAAGAAGAGAAAGACAAGUUGGAAAUCACAAAUACUGAGCUGCAAAAGAAGAAAGAACAUGCCGACAGUCUGUUUGAUGAGAUAAACAGAGAGAAAACCAACAUUAAAGAUCUGACCCUUCAGGUUCAGACAAGUAGAGAACAGCUGGAGAAAGUCAUGAACAUUAUUGCCUCAAAACAAAAAGAACAAGAACUCAAAGAUGAUGACAUAAAAAGACAAGAAGAAGAACUGCAAACCAGUAAGAAGAAUGUACUGGCAGAAAGGGAAGAAGUGGAAGUUUUGAGGAAGGAUCUCAACAAGAAGAAGGAAGAAGUUGAAGCUGCCAUGAACAGCAUCAGUGGAGAGAGAGAACAACUCAGUCAGAUGAAGAUGGGCAUUGAGAGAGAGAAAGAAAUACUUUUCAAUGAGAGAGUAGGAAUUGAAGGAGAAAAGUCUGAGCUGAAAAUGAAAGAAGAUCAACUCAUUACUAAAAUGAAAUCAGUAGAAACUUUGAGAGCCAAACUCAAACAUCUCAAUGAAAGGAUGGGUGAAGAUAUGAAAACAAAAAUCAACAGACUAGAAGAAAACAAUGAAGCUGUAUUGAAACUGGUCAGUGCUUUUGAGCAGAAAUAUGCAGCUCUGGAUGAACAGAAAGAAAAUAUGACAUAUUACACUGAGACAUUAGACAAAGUAAAGGAAGGUCUGACACGUUUAUUCUCAAACAUCCAAAGAGAAGACAUGGAAAAUCAAUGGAAGCAAACAUUUGAGAUGGAAAAAGAAGAUCUUGAAAACCUGAAGGAUGAUUUGAAACUACAGGGAGAGGAUCUGGAUAGAGUGAAUGAGAUGAUGAAGAAAGAGAAACUGGACUUGGAUUUCACGAGGUCUGAUGUACUCAAACAAACUGACAUAUUACAACAAGAUAAACAUGAAGAAGUAAAACUCAAGGACACCAAGAUCACAAGACUAACACAAGAAGUUCAAAUCAGUGAGAAAUCUGUUCUGGCAGAAAGAGAAGAAUUGGAAGUUUUGAGGAAGGAUCUCAAAAAGAAGAAGGAAGAAGUUGAAGCUGCCAUGAACAGCAUCAGUGGAGAAAGAGAACAACUCAGUCAGAUGAAGAUGAGCAUUGAAAGAGAGAAAGAAAUACUUUUCAAUGAGAGAGAAGGAAUUGAAGGAGAAAAGUCUGAGCUGAAAAUGAAAGAAGAUCAACUCAUUACUAAAAUGAAAUCAGCAGAAACUUUGAGAGCCAAACUCAAACAUCUCAAUGAAAGGAUGGGUGAAGAUAUGAAAACAAAAAUCAACAGACUAGAAGAAAACAAUGAAGACGUAUUGAAACUGGUCAGUGCCUUAGAGCAGAAGCAUGCAGCUCUGGAUGAACAGAAAGAAAACAUGACAUGUUACACUGAGACAUUAGACAAAGUAAAGGAAGGUCUGACAAGAUUACUCUCAAACAUCCAAAGAGAAGACAUGGAAAAUCAAUGGAAGCAAACAUUUGAGAUGGAAAAAGAAGAUCUUGAAAGCCUAAAAGAAGAGCUGAAACAAGAGAGCGAGGAUCUAGAUAGAGUCAAUGAGCUGAUGAAGCAAAAGCUUGUACAGCUCGAUCAAGAGAGAGACCAGAUGACAGUUUACAAUGAAGUGAUACAGACAGGAAAGGAUGGUCUGAAAGGUGUACUGUCAGAUAUGGUUAUACAGAGAGACAACAUGGAAAACCAAAAGGAAGAGCUUUUGUUGGAAAAAGAAGAUCUCUCCAAACUGAAGGCAGAGCUGAAACUAGAGAGAGAGGAUCUGGAUAGAGCGAAUGACAUGAUGAAGAAAGAGAAAAUGGACUUGGAGUUGAUGCGGACAGACAUCCUCAAACAAACUGACAUAUUACAACGAGAUAAACAAGAUAUAAAAGAAGAGAAAGACAAGUUGGAAAUCACAAAUACCGAGCUGCAAAAGAAGAAAGAACAUGCAGACAGUCUGUUUGAUGAGAUAAACAGAGAGAAAACCAACAUUAAAGAUCUGACCCUUCAGGUUCAGACAAGUAGAGAACAGCUGGCGGAGGUCUUGAACUUAAUUGCCUCAAAACAAAAAGAACAAGAACUCAGAGAUGAUGACAUAAAAAGACAAGAAGAAGAACUGCAAACCAGUAAGAAGAAUGUACUGGCAGAAAGGGAAGAAGUGGAAGUUUUGAGGAAGGAUCUCAACAAGAAGAAGGAAGAAGUUGAAGCUGCCAUGAACAGCAUCAGUGGAGAGAGAGAACAACUCAGUCAGAUGAAGAUGGGCAUUGAGAGAGAGAAAGAAAUACUUUUCAAUGAGAGAGAAGGAAUUGAAGGAGAAAAGUCUGAGCUGAUAAUGAAAGAAGAUCAAUUCAUGACUAAAAUCAAAUCAGUAGAAACUUUAAGAGCCAAACUGAGACAUCUCAAUGAAAGGAUGGGUGAAGAUAUGAAAACAAAAAUCAACAGACUAGAAGAAAACAAUGAAGCUGUAUUGAAACUGGUCAGUGUUUUAGAACAGAAACAUGCAGCUUUGGAUGAACAGAAAGAAAAUAUGACAUGUUACACUGAGACAUUAGACAAAGUAAAGGAAGGUCUGACACGUUUACUCUCAAACAUCCAAAGAGAAGACAUGGAAAAUAAAUGGAAGCAAAUGUUUGAGAUGGAAAAAGAAGUUUUCGAAAAAUUGACAGCAGAGCUGAAACAAGAGAGAGAGGAUCUGGAUAGAGCGAAUGACAUGAUGAAGAAAGAGAAACUGGACUUGGAGCUCAUGAGGUCUGAUAUCCUCAAACAAACUGACAUAUUACAACAGGAUAAACAAAAUAUAAAAGAAGAGAAAGUCAAGUUGGAAAUCACAAAUACUGAGCUGCAAAAGAAGAAAGAACAUGCAGACAGUCUGUUUGAUGAGAUAAACAGAGAGAAAAACAACAUUAAAGAUCUGACCCUUCAGGUUCAGAGAAGUAGAGAACAGCUGGAGAAAGUCAUGAACAUUAUUGCCUCAAAACAAAAAGAACAAGAACUCAAAGACAAUGACAUAAAAAGACAAGAAGAAGAACUGCAAACCAAUAAGAACAAUGUACUGGCAGAAAGAGAAGAAGUGGAACUUUUGAGGAAGGAUCUCAAUGAGAAGAAGGAAGAAGUUGAAGCUGCCAUGAACAGCAUCAGUGGAGAGAGAGAACAACUCAGUCAGAUGAAGGUUCGUAUUGACAUGGACAGAGAAAUACUUGAGAAGGAGAAGGAUAAAAUGGAAGGACACCAGUCUGAGCUGAAAACGAGAGAAGAUGAGCUCAUGAGUAACUUAUUAUCAAUUGAAACUCUGAGGGCUAAACUCAAAGAGGUGAAUGAAAAGACACAUAAACACAUGAAAAACAAAAUAGAGAGAUUAGAAGAAAACAAUGAAAAUUUGCAGAGGUUAUGUCUCGCAAUGAAGCAAAACCUUGCACAGCUCGAUCAAGAGAGAGACAAGAUGUCAGUUUACAAUGAAUUGAUACAGACAGGAAAGGAAGGUCUGAAAGGUUUACUGUCAAAUAUGGUAAUACAGAAAGACAACAUGGAAAACAAAAAGAAAGAGCUUUUGUUGGAAAAAGAAGAUCUCUCCAAACUGAAGGCAGAGCAGAAACUAGAGAGAGAGGAUCUGGAUAGAGUGAAUGAGAUGAUGAAGAAAGAGAAACUGGACUUGGAGCUGAUGAGAUCUGACAUCCUCAAACAAACUGACAUAUUACGAGAUAAACAAGAUAUAAAGGAAGAGAAAGAGAAGCUGGAAAUCACAAAGACUGACUUGCAGAAGAAGAAAGAACAUGCAGACAGUCUGUUUGAUGAGAUAAACAGAGAGAAAACCAACAUUAAAGAUCUGACCCUUCAGGUUCAGACAAGCAGAGAACAGCUGGAAAAAGUCAUGAACAUUAUGGCCUUAAAACAAAAAGAACAAGAAGUCAAAGAUGAUGACAUAAAAAGACAAGAAGAAGAACUGCAAACCGGUAAGAACAAUGUACUGGCAGAAAGGGAAGAAGUAGAAGUUUUGAGGAAGGAUCUCAACAAGAAGAAGGAAGAAGUUGAAGCUGCCAUGAACAGCAUCAGUGGAGAGAGAGAACAACUCAGUCAGAUGAAGAUGGGCAUUGAGAGAGAGAAAGAAAUACUUUUCAAUGAGAGAGAAGGAAUUGAAGGAGAAAAGUCUGAGCUGAAAAUGAAAGAAGAUCAACUCAUGACUAAAAUGACAUCAGCAGAAACUUUGAGAGCCAAACUCAAACAUCUCAAUGAAAGGAUGGGUGAAGAUAUGAAAACAAAAGUCAACAGACUAGAAGAAAACAAUGAAGCUGUAUUGAAACUGGUCAGUGCUUUAGAACAGAAGCAUGCAGCUCUGGAUGAACAGAAAGAAAAUAUGACAUGUUACACUGAGACAUUAGACAAAGUAAAGGAAGGUCUGACAGGUUUACUCUCAAACAUGAUCAUCCAGAGAGAAGACAUGGAAAAUCAGUUGAAGGAAACGUUUGAGAUAGAAAAAGAAGAUCUUGAAAAACUGACAGCAGAGCUGAAACAAGAGAGAGAUGAUCUGGAUAGAGUUAAUGAUAUGGUGAAGAAAGAGAAACUGGAGUUGGAGCUGAUGAGGUCUGACAUCCUCAAACAAACUGACAUAUUAGAACGAGAUAAACAAGAUAUAAAAGAAGAGAAAGUCAAGCUGGAAAUCACAAACACUGACCUGCAAAAGAAGAAAGAACAUGCAGACAGCCUGUUUGAUGAGAUAAACAGAGAGAAAACCAGCAUUAAAGAUCUGGCCCUUCAGGUUCAGACAAGUAGAGAACAGCUGGAGGAAGUCAUGAACAUCAUUGCCUUUAAACAGAAAGAACAAGAACUCAAAGGUGAUGACAUAAAAAGACAAGAAGAAGAACUGCAAAUCAGGAAGAACAACAUACUGGCAGAAAGAGAAGAAAUUGAACUUUUGAAAAAGGAUCUCAAUAAGAAGAUGAAAGAAGGUGAAGCUGCCAUGAAAAGCAUCAGUGAAGAGAGAGAACAACUCAGUCAGUUCAAGACUGAAGUUGACAUGGAGGGAGAAGAGCUUUCAACUGAAAGGGAAAAACAGGAAGAGGAUCAACUCAUGACUAAAAUGAAAUCUAUAGAAGCUCUGAGAGUAAAACUUCGGCAGCUGAAUGAAAGGAUGGAGAACGACAUGAAGAACAAAUUACAGCAACUGGAACAACACAAUGAACAAGUUCUUAAAGUGUGCUCUUUAUUGAAGCAAAGGUGUGGAGACAUAGAUGAAAAGAAAGACAGAAUGUCUGCAUAUACUGAAAUGUUCCAUAGAGAGAAAGAAAGUCUGAUUAGUCUGAUAUCAAACAUGUUGAUACACAUACAAGGAAUGGAAGAUCAAUGGAGGACAAAGAACACUGUUGAAGAACAAGACUUUGACAAACUGAAGGCAGAGUUGAAACAAGAGAGAGAGGAUCUGGAUAGAGUGAAUGAGAUGGUGAAGAAAGAGAAACUGGACUUGGAGCUGAUGAGAUCUGAUGUCCUCAAACAAACUGACAUAUUACAGCAAGACAAACACGAAGAAGUAGAACUCAAGGAAACCAAGAUCACAAGACUAACACAAGACGUGCAAACUAGUGAGAACACUGUACUGGCAGAAAGAGAAGAAUUGGAAGUUUUGAGGAAGGAUCUCAACAAGAAGAAGGAAGAAGUUGAAGCUGCCAUGAACAGCAUCAGUGGAGAGAGAGAACAACUCAGUCAGAUGAAGAUGGGCAUUGAGAGAGAGAAAGAAAUACUUUUCAUUGAGAAAGAAGGAAUUGAAGAAGAAAAGUCUGAGCUGAAAAUGAAAGAAGAUCAACUCAUGACUAAAAUGACAUCAGUAGAAACUUUGAGAGCCAAACUCAAACAUCUCAAUGAAAGAAUGGGUGAAGAUAUGAAAAUAAAAAUCAACAGACUAGAACAAAACAAUGAAGACAUACUGAAAGUGGUCAGUGCCUUAGAGCAGAAGCAUGCAGCUCUGGAUGAACAGAAAGAAAACAUGACAUGUUACACUGAGACAUUAGACAAAGUAAAGGAAGGUCUGACAGGUUUACUCUCAAACAUGGUCAUCCAAAGAGAAGACAUGGAAAAUCAAUGGAAGCAAACAUUUGAGAUGGAAAAAGAAGAUCUUGAAAAUCUGAAGGAUGAUUUGAAACUACAGAGAGAGGAUCUGGAUAGAGUAAAUGAGAUGAUGAAGAAAGAGAAACUGGACUUGGAACUGAUGAGGUCUGACAUCCUCAAACAAACUGACAUAUUACAAGGAGAUAAACAUGAAGAAGUAGAACUCAAGGACACCAAGAUCACAAGACUAACACAAGAAGUUCAAACCAGUGAGAAAACUGUACUGGCAGAAAUAGAAGAAUUGGAAGUUUUGAGGAAGGAUCUCAACAAGAAGAACGAAGAAGUUGAAGCUGCCAUGAACAACAUCAGUGGAGAGAGAGAACAACUCAGUCAGAUGAAGAUGGGCAUUGAGAGAGAGAAAGAAAUACUUUCCAAUGAGAAAGAAGGAAUUGAAGGAGAAAAGUCUGAGCUGAAAAUGAAAGAAGAUCAACUCAUGACUAAAAUGAAAUCAGUAGAGACUUUGACAGCCAAACUCAAACAUCUCAAUGAAAGGAUGGGUGAAGAUAUGAAAACAAAAAUCAACAGACUAGAACAAAAGAAUGAAGAUGUAUUGAAGCUGGUCAGUGCUUUAGAGCAGAAGCAUGCAGCUCUGGAUGAACAGAAAGAAAAUGUGGCAUCUUACUCUGAGAUAUUGGAGAAAGUAAAGGAAGGUCUGACAAGUUUAUUACAACGAGAUAAACAAGAUAUACAAGAAGAGAAAGACAAGUUGCUACAAAAGAAGAAAGAAAGCACUGAUCUUCUCCUUUAUGAGAUAAAUCAAGAAAAGGAGAAACUACAUAAACUGCAGACACAUGUCGAAGAGAAAGAAAGGUUUUUAGUUGAACACAAGAAAAUGGAAGAACUGCCUGAGCUGAAAAUCAGAGAGGACCAGCUCACUAAUGUAAUGAACUCCAUAGGAACUCUGAGAGACAAACUAAAACAGCUUAAUCAAAGGACAUAUGAAGAGUUUAGAAAGAAUAUGGACAGAUUAGAGCAGAAAUAUGGAGACAUACUGCAUUUCAACAAAAUACUGGAACACAAGUGUUAUGAACUUAAUGAACAGAAAAAUAAGAUUAUUGGAUAUUAUGACCUGAUACAAAAAGAGGAGAAACCUGUGCUGAUAAUGAAACAUGAUAAGGCUGUUCAAACUGUGUUUGUAGAAAAAGAAAAGCUGCAAGAGCAUGAUGUCAAAAAACAGGGACUGAAGAAACUUAAAGAGUUUGAAAGUGAGAAGGAGAAGCUAAAGGAAGAUACAUGUGAUCUUGAGAGAAAAGAUGAACACAUGAAAACUGAAAGGGAAGAUCUGUCAAUGGCAGAGCGAGAUGAUCUUACAGAUGAGAAAAUGUCUAAAAGAGAUUUUUUGCGAAAGAUCUGGAAGGAUACGAAAACAGAACGGAAGGAGAUAGAUCAGAUGAAGCACAGGGGUCAUGAGAUGAGAAACAACCUGGAGAAAAGACUAAAGGUGAUCAAUCAGUUUGUUAAGAGAACUUGGAUAAAGAGAGAAACGGAAUCAUUGGAGAAGACAAAGCUGGAACAGGGACUAACUGGAACAAGUCAAAGUGACUGGGAGAGAGACUGCAAGACACUCGAUGAAAAACACACAGAGCUCCAACAGCUUAAGGUUCAGAUGCUCAGUGAGAUUGGGAAACUCCAGGUCAAAGACAAAGUGUCAAGGACACUGAAAACCAGUGACAAAGCUAAUCAAACAUUCCAGAUGGAGGUAGAAGAAACUGAAACAGCUCCACACACAUCCAGUGGAUUCCUCCGUCAGCUCCGGCAAUGCUGCUAUCGCUGCUGCUGCCCUCCCUGUGCCUGCUGUGGGCAGCCGUGCCCAGAAGAGAGAUGAGACAAAGGCCUAUAAAUGUUAAUGUCUUUUCUUAAAGAAGUAUUUGACUCAAUCCCUUGUAUUACUCAAACCAAGAUAAGAUGAGCAUUUUGAAAUAGUUAAUGUAGGUAUGUAUCACACUGACAGGAAGGUUCUGUUUGGAUAGCCCAUAUUACAGGAAAACUAAACAUUACCAGCCUCAUGUCAAGUUUCCUGAUUUAUAGAAAUGGCUUAACUGAAAUCAAACUAUUCUUUUGACACUUUUUAACUCAUUCUGAGUAUCUAACAAUCAGUAGCACAAUAACAAGUCGCAAUGUCAAGUUAUGUCUUCAUUUCAGAGUGCAAAAUGUGUGACGUUUGUGUAUUUACCUUUGGAAUUAGUAUAGAAGCAUAAGCAAUAAGAUUUAACAGUGUACUUUAAGUGUGAGUGCUUAAUUUUCAGUUUGCAAUUCUGAUUAAUACCUGUUGAAUAUUGCAAUAUUAAACACAAUUUAUUAAACUUAUGAAUUAAUGGUAGACGGAUGUCCCCUUUUACUUAAUUACUAAGAAUCUUAAAUAUGUAAGAAGUGACCAUGUUUAAUUACUUCAUAUGUGUUUGUUGCUUGUUUUUUUUUCUUUUUCUUUUUUUUUUGUACAAUUUUUACAAUUGUCUAAGAAAACUACAAACAAUAUUCACAAAUAAAACUAAUAUAUGAGGAUGUGCAGAGAGCCCACUAUUUGUUUUUGUAUUCAUAUUUGUUGA